GGCACUGGGUCUUUCCCUCGCUGGGGGAGUGGGAAGGGCUGUGCCCUGGGAAAUGCAGCGAUCCAGAGAGAAAGGCGAGAGUUUGUGCCGCGCUCUCGGAGGCAGCAGGAGAGGCAGUCACGUCGGGAGCAGCGGCGCGGCUCCCCUCGGCCAGCCCUCGAGCCGCUGAUCGCAGCGGCGCCGAUCGAGCGCGGCUCUGCGGAGGUGCAGCGGCUCCGGCCGCGCCGCUCCCGCCGGCCCCGCCGCGCCCCGCGCACCGCCCGGGGCUCCGCGCUCCCGCCGCUCCCGCCGCUCCCCGGCCGCGGCCCGGCCCGCCGCAGGGCCGCCCACCCGGCCACAGGCCGCGGCGGGGCCGCCGAGCGCUGCCGGCCGCCGUCAUGCCCGCCGCCGCCUCUCCGCUCCCGCCGCCGGCGCUCCAACUUGGCGGGUGAGCCCUUCCUCGGCAAGCAGCCUGCUCCGUGCCACCCCUCUGCUCCUGCAGGAUCUCCCCCCAGCACCGCCGGCAGCAUGGAGAGCGUGCGUGAGCUCCAAAACCCGCUCCUGGCCAAGCCCAACGGCCACCUGGGCAACAGCUAUUCCUACCACCAGCACCACAGCCAGGACUACCCCAGCCAUCGCUGCCAGGGGAAACUCUAUUCCUACAUAUUCCAAAACACUGGUGGUGCCAGGACUCACCAGCUGCUGGAUGCCAGUUCCCUGCAGCUGGCUGUUGAGGCUUUGUACGGCCCCAGCUUCAUCCUCGUGAAGGAUGAGACUGCCCUCAAGGCCAAGGACAGCAAGAUGGAAAGCUGCGAGACCACUUUUACAGAGAGCAAAGAGUCUUCAUCUGAAGCUCCUGAAGGGCAAGAGGCACAAGGGUCCUGCCUGGUAGAGAGUGACAUCCGUAUCCAAACUGUUUCCUAUGAGGUGGAGGAAGAGGAGCUCCAGGAAUAUGAGAGCGACUCCUCCAGCGACAGCGAAAGCGAGGAUCACUUCCUGAUGCUGCCCCCUCGGGACCACUUGGGCUUGGCCCUUUUCUCCAUGCUCUGUUGCUUCUGGCCCCUGGGGAUUGCUGCCUUCUACUUCUCCCAAGGGACCAGCAAGGCUGUCUCCAAAGGAGAUUUUCACCUGGCCAGCUCAGCUUCCCGCCGAGCCCUGUUCCUUGCGGCGCUCUCCAUCACCAUUGGCACGGGAGUGUACAUCGGCGUGGUGGUAGCACUGAUUGCUUAUCUCUCCAAAGGGGGCCACGUGUAGCUGCCACCUGCAUGUCACUGCCAUCCCUGGCCGCUGACCCUGCUGGGAUUGAGCUUUCCUGCGGAGCACAGAGCACCGGGGCCUGCGAGGGCUGCUUGCACAGCAGGGCCCAGCAUGGAUGUCCUGCGCAGGUUUCUUCCUCUUGCAGACAAACAGUGGACUCCUGUUCUCCCUGAGGCUGUGGCAUGUGACCAUCUAACAGCAGGGAAUUGAGCACCAGCCUGGCUGCUGGGACAAGGAGGAGCACAUUUGCCCGGUGGAAGAUGUGCAGGAGAGAAACCACACGCUGCUGCUGGGCUGGUGCAACCACCCCAGUCGGGGGCUACAGCUUCCCCUCCCAGCCCCGCAGCUGGGAGAUCCAUCCCUUGCCCAGGCUUGGCCCAUGAAGGGUGCACACAGGGAGAAGAGGGGGUAUGGUGCCAGGGAAUGACUGCUGCUUCUCCUGGGAGGCCAGAGUCCUGGUGGGGUCUCCAGACUCCUGUGAUGGGGACAACAUUCCCACUUCAGUGCCAUGGGGUGGCCUGACCCCUCAGCUGCAGUGAAGUAGGAGGACAGAGCAUGGACAAGACCAACAGGCAUGCUCUCUGCAGACAGACAGACCCCUGAUCCACAGGAGAACAUCCCAAGGAGGAAGGCAGGCUGGUGGCUGCACACCAUCUCUCCUGUAGUUGGCACAAGCUGGUAGAGACAGCAAGGUUUUCCCUGUGUUAAUAGUGACUGCCAUGGUGAUCCCAAGGCAGAGCCCUCAUAAGGUUGCUGUCCCAGAGUGCUGGGCCCUCAAAAGUUUUGUAAUGGAAAUCUCUACCUAAGAAGUGUCCUGGGAGGCGUGCUGGCCUUGAAGAAUUCCACUCCUUGUGCUAGGUCAGGGCCCUGCACAGAAAGAGGGAUGGGAAAAAAAGGCUGACAAAACCUGCAGAAUCUGGGGUGGGAGUGCUGUUUGCGAGGGGAUGAGAUCCAGAGAAGGAGGAGACGUGGAAGGAGCCUGAGACACAGGGUGACCUCAACACACUCCUUCCCAUGCCUUGGAGAGAGGAAUCUCCAUCCAUCCAAAAGCAUCUGGUAACAAGGAAAUACCAAGCACCCCCUGCCAUACAUCUUACUUUUGCUUAUUUGUAUAUUGUCAGCAACACACGAAAUGCUUCAGAAGUGGGUAUGAAGGCAGUGGUUGCCCCAAAGGGCUGGAGCUAAGAAGCCAUGCCUCACCCCCACUCCCCAGCAUCCACCUUUGACCACCCUCCUCUCUCUGGCUCUCCUGUUGCCUCUUUCCCCAUGUGCAGGAGACUGCAGGCAGGCUCUGGGCAUCCCUCACCCCCUUCCCAGAGUUUCUGGGCAGGCUGCAGCCAGCUUUGCAAGAGAUGCAGCAUGUUCCUCCAGCUGGGUGCCAUUCAAAUGUACAUUUCAUCCUAAAGAAGCAUGUUAAUGUCUGCGAUCGCCAUUGUACUUGAGCCAUAAAAGAGAGAAGUGCAUCAGAGACCUGUACAGAAGCUGGUCUGAAAGUUCCCAUUAUGUUUUUUAACAUGGAAGAACUAAUAAAAAAAGCAGGAGAAAAUA